GCUCAGACGUAGCUGCAGAGGUAGCAGGCUACGCUGAUGUGGCCAAACAGAUCAUUGACCUGGCUGUUUUUGGAGCUGCCCAGAACCGCUCUUACAGGCGGCUGGCCGACUUCACCGACACCAUCGGGAACCGUGUCAGUGGCUCACAGAACUUGAAGAUGGCCAUUAAAUACAUGUACAAUGCUAUGACGCAGGAUGGGUUGGACGUACAUUUAGAGCCAGUCAAAAUCCCACAUUGGGUGAGAGGGAAGGAGAGUGCAGAAAUGAUUGCACCCAGGGCCAAAAGUUUGGCUAUACUAGGACUUGGUAGCAGUGUUGGGACACCACCUGAGGGUAUCAAGGCAGAGGUGUUGGUAGUUCAGUCUUUUGAUGAACUGAAGCAAAGAGCCAGCGAAGCAAUUGGGAGGAUUGUAGUCUUUAACCAACCAUUUGUCAGCUACGGGGAGACGGUGGCUUACCGUGCUUAUGGCGCCUCUGAGGCAGCCAAAGUGGGGGCUGUGGCCACGCUCAUUCGCUCUAUUACGCCAUUCUCUAUUAACAGUCCCCACACAGGUUUGCAGGACUACCAAGAUGGAGUAAAGCGCAUCCCUUCAGCCUGUAUCACCGUGGAGGAUGCUGAGCUGAUGUGGCGUAUGGCUCAGAGAGGGCAGAGGAUCGUGGUCAGACUCACAAUGGGAGCCAAGACUCUGCCGGAUGCUGACUCCUUCAACACAGUGGCUGAGAUACCAGGCUGGGAACACCCUGAGCAGGUUGUCUUACUGAGCGGCCAUUUGGACAGUUGGGAUGUGGGUCAGGGCGCCAUGGAUGAUGGAGGCGGAGCCAUGAUUUCCUGGGAGGCCCUGUCACUCAUCAAGGAAUUAGGUUUGCGUCCAAGGAGAACCCUGCGGGCGGUGCUGUGGACCGCUGAGGAGCAGGGGGGGGUCGGGGCGCAGCAGUACUUUGAUCUACACAAGGUGAACAUGUCGAACUUUGACCUGGUCAUGGAAUCUGACUUGGGGACAUUCACCCCGGAGGCUCUGCAGUUUAAUGGCGGUGAUGCAGCACGAAAGGUGAUGGCAGAAGUGGUUAAACUGUUGGCUCCCAUUAAUACGACCAAACUGGAGGCACACGGAGAAGGGACAGACAUCUCCCCGUGGUUAAAGGCAGGAGUACCAGGUCAGUUAAAUCAAUAUGUCUAUUCUAUCUGUCUGCCACUAGCAACAAAUGAUCAUGAUAGGAUAUUUUAUAUUAUAACAGAAAAUGCAGAAACACUCAAAUGAGAAAGUAACUCAUCCUUAUUUAUGUGGUUCUGGUUUAAUACCUUCUCUUAAAGUGCUGUUUAUACAGAAUCACAUCCUCAUUUAUGAACUUAGACACAGUACAGUACAGGGAAGUAGGUAAAGCAGAUACUUGAAACGUACUUUUAGUUUAGCAGUAAGGGGGAGAUACCGUAAAAAGCCAUGACGAAAAAAUGUAUAUUGAUUUUGGAUUUAUUGAAUAGAUGAUUGUAGAAACAGAUUGAACCCUCACCAUUCAUGUACUUAAUAUCUGACAGUGUAUUCCUUUUAUUGUGGCUUUAAGAUAUUUGAAUCUGACUAGCUUAUAUAGAAGUGAAAUUGCAACGUAAACGGAAAGAUGUUGUGUAUCUUAUAGACAGGUUACCGUAAACACAUUUGAUUUGAACUUUUUAGUACAUACCAUCUUCAAAUCAGAAACUAGGAGAACUAGUUGAGGGAGAAAUCCAUGUGUGCUAUUGUCAGGUGAGAUGUAGAGGACACUUUUACAGUAGUUGAGAUAGGAAAUUGAUUUACUAAGGGACAUCUUAAUAGUAAUGUUUGCAGAGGAACUGAAAACCAAAAUAUAAGAUAAGACCAAUUGAGCAACUACACAUGAUGUACUCAUUGUGUAAGUACUGUCUACAAUAGCACUAUUUUAGACAGAUGUUCCUGUUUAACCUUUUGCUCAAUUAUAAUAAUUAGCUGCACGGCCACUUUGUUUCAUGACACUUUAAAUAAAAUAAAAAUGUUCUUGACUCUAACAGUUAAAGAUUGGGUUUGUCUUACAGUUUGUGACCCGAAAUCUUCCAGUAACAUGAUAUUGUACAAUUUUACAGAUGCGUUUUUUUUAUUGUUCUUUAUUGACUGGCAUUUUUAUUUUGUCUUGAAUUCAGCUUCAUUGAAAUUCAUUCUGUUGAAGCUGAAAUGAAUUUGACAUGUUUAGAACAUAUUGUAAGCCUUUUAUCAAUUGUAUGUUGAAUUAUCUUGCCUACAAGCAAGGUCUUUUUUACAACAUCAAAAACAGGGCUUAGUAGAUUCCCUCCUGAGUGUGUGCUAACAAUAUGAACAUUAAACUACAAAAGAAUAAUAAACAAACACAACACAUUAUGAAUAAAGAGAACUUUGUUUUAUAACAACACAUAUCGAACAUGUACUGUAUGUUUUUCCUAUAAAAAUGAAAAAGAUAAUCAUCUCUGAACACAGCAAGUUAAAUGACGAAACCUGUGAGAUAGGAUCCGGCCACCGACAAUUCACAGGUUAAAGAUUAAAUCUCAGUUUUCCUGUUGGCCUGCUCGAAAUACUUUUCGGCACACAUAACCAGUAGCUCCAAAAGCUACAUUUAAAUCUGUAUGGACACAUCUUUUCCCUUUUGGUUACUGUUUCAACAUGAAAUACAGUAAAUGAACCAGCUUCAAGCUGCAGGAAAAAGCACAUGUAGAGCUGAAACUGAACCUGGUAGUCAAAAAAGUGUCCUUUUGGGUAAAUAUCAAAGAUUUCACAUUCCCCUGAUACACUUGUACAUUUUAAAUUCAGCAUCCCUUGAUUAGCAAUGAUGGUGAAAAGCUGUACCGAUCCAUAUCAGUUUGCCUCAGUCCUGAUGGAUUUUUUGAUAGUGAAAAUAGGAAUUAGUUUGUUUCUAUCUUUGUGGUUCCGGUAGCUAUUGCACUAUCCAAACUUCUUCUCCUACCCUGUCUAGUUUCGAGAAGUGAAACAGCACUGUUCUCAGAAAAAAACAUUGAGGUAUAACUAUAUAAA